AUUGAAGCGCUCAAGCUUGCCGUUACUUAAGUUAAUUUCGAUCGCUCAAACGAAACGGUUAUACGCCUGGGAUUCGGUUAAGUUAAGUCGGUGGCACAGUGGGAAAUACGAGCAGAUAAUACAAUACACAAAGUGCAUGUGCAGCGGUGCAUUCGGUUCUUGCUCGAUUCUUACAUUGCUCGGUUUUUGUUGUUGUGCCAGUACUCUCAUUGGGUGCUGUUCGCUGCGUUCGUAGCUUGGUAUUACCUGAAUUUUGGCGGCUGCGCAGCCUCAAGUUCUGUGCGCAGUCGCAGUCGUAGUCGAAGUCGUCGGCACGGUUGCAUUUUCAAUAAACGCGUUUGCUAUUGGCACGCCGCGUGGGCGCCAUGUGCAUGUGCAUGUCUAUGCAGGUCCGCGUCCGUGUCGGUGCCUCGUGUGUGCAUUAGCUAAUGUGUUUGUAUUGCUAAUUAAACAACAACCACACAGAAGCAGCAGUAGCAUCAGCAGCGGCAGCAGCAGCAGCAACCAGAAACGAUAACUCUGACAAAAGCGAAACAAAGUGCCAGAUAGAGGCGAUAACCGAAAACCAUUUUUCAUUCACAAAUUGGAUCAGCGCGACAUCCAGAACAGGUGGUUGGCAGCGCAGCAGGUUUCCCAAUCAACUUCAUUUCCCAUGAUUCAGGGCACGAGGAGCGUUCGGCAUGACGUGAACUGCUUAGAUAUUCCAUGCAAGAACAGAACGAACCCUUUGGAACUAGCCGCCGCCCCAUCGAUCGUCUCGAACCGAUUCGAUUCGAUUGUCAUUGAAUAACGUCCGAGCGGGACGUGAUCAGUCAAGAGUAGAGCAGUGUCUGUGCCCCGAAAGAACCAAACAUCGACAACAUGGACUCACGCAUCGGCCUGGACUACAUUGUCGAGAAUCGUGACUACAUUGCCAAGCUGGGCGCUGCCCUGGACACGCAGAAUGCAACGGUCAAGAAGCAAGUCUUUGAGCUGCUCUCCGCGCUGUGCGCCUACAGCGCCGAGGGCUAUGCGCGUGCCAUCGAAACCCUAGAAUUUUACAAGAAUCUCAAGAAGCAACGAUAUCGCUUCAAGAUCGUCAUCAACGAGCUGGAGCUGGCGAGUGCCUCCUCAUCGCCACCGCUUGACUACCAGGCCGCCCUGCUGGCCUUCAUCAACUGUGUCAUCAUCUCCGCCGCCACCCUGCAGGAUCGCAUACGCAUCCGCAACGAAUUUAUAGGUCUCAAAGUAUUACCGCUGCUCAAUAACCUAAGGCCAUUGCCUAUAGCUGACUGCCAAGGCUGCUGCAACGUGGAGUCGUCACCACUACAAUCCCCCUCCCUUUCUCCAUCGUCAUCGUCGUCGUCGUCAUCCUCCGUGUCCGCCUCGCCAGUGCCAUCGCCCUUGCAUCUGCAGCGACGGCUCACGUUCUGCGGCUCGCUGUCGCGGUACAGCUGCGGUGCCCUGCAACUGGUGCAGAACCUCAAGAAAGUCGCACAGAGUGUGGGCGAUAUCAUCGUACAAUUGGACGUAUUCGUGGAGCAGCAGGAAUGCGACGAGGCCCAGAGCCUGCAGGCGCCCGACGGCAUCAAUCUGAGCUCGCACCUUGAUGUCUUUUACGCGAUACUGCGACAGGUGGCCGAUACGCCUCAGGAAGGACCUUUCCUCAGUAUCCUGCAGCACUUGCUGCGCAUCGAUUCGAAGGAGCAGCUCAGCGACAUCAUCUGGGACACCACGGACCGACUGGUGCACCGGGCCACGCUGCUCGAGAGCCAUGAGGACGCAGUGCGCCUGCUGCGCACGCCCAGCAGCCAGAAGUUCUCCUGCCAGAGCUGCCGCGGCAGCGAUGCCAGCAGUCCCACACGGAAGCCCUCACAGCCAGUGGUGGCCGCCGCCAAGCCACCACCCCCUCCGCCACCGCCGGCCCCAGGAAAGGCCAACGGCCUGGUCCCGCCGCCCCCACCUCCACCCAUGCUGAAUGGCAGUGCGCUGCCGCCGCCGCCGCCACCGCCCUCGAUGCAGCUGUCGACGCGGCCACGCACGCCGGACCCCAGCGGGGCAGCGGGGCCGGGUGAGCCGAUUGCCACAGCGGUGCUGCUGCCGCAGCAGGACACGCCCGCGCCCAAGGCCAAGAUGAAGACCAUCAACUGGGGCAAGAUUCCGCACAACAAGGUGCUGGGCAAACAGAACAUCUGGAGCAUUGUGGCCAGCAACCACCAGGACAGCCCUAUGAAGGACAUCGACUGGAACGAGAUGGAGGGCCUCUUCUGCCUGCAGUCCACCAGUGCGCAGGGCUCGCCCAAGCUGGGCCGCGAGGCCAGCAAUCCCUCGUCGUCCUCCAACGGCUGCGACACCCUCGACCGCAAGUCCCGGAAGGAGUGCACCGAAAUCACCCUGCUGGACGGCAAGCGGAGUCUGAAUGUGAACAUCUUUCUGAAGCAGUUCCGCACCAGCAACGCGGACAUCAUUCAGCUGAUCCGGCAGGGCGCCCACGAGGAGAUCGGAGCCGAGCGACUGCGGGGUCUGCUCAAGAUCAUGCCCGAGGUGGACGAGCUGGACAUGCUGAAGGGCUUCAAUGGCGACAAGGCGCGUCUGGGCAAUGCGGAGAAGUUUCUCCUGCAGCUUCUGGAGGUGCCAAACUACAAAUUGCGGAUCGAGAGCAUGCUGCUCAAGGAGGAGUUCGCGGCCAAUGUGGCCUACCUGGAACCCUGCAUCAACGCCAUGCUCUACGCUGGCGACGACCUGCUGAACAACAAGACGCUGCAGGAGGUCCUCUAUAUGGUCGUGGUGGCCGGCAACUUCCUCAAUUCCGGCGGCUAUGCGGGCAACGCUGCUGGCGUGAAGCUCUCCUCGCUGCAAAAGCUCACCGACAUCCGGGCCAAUAAGCCGGGCAUGAAUCUCAUUCACUUUGUGGCCCUGCAGGCGGAGAAGCGUAACCCGGAGCUGCUGAAGUUCACCGGACAGCUCAGCACCCUGGAGAAUGCGAGCAAAACGACGUCGGAGCAGAUCAACAAUGAAAUCAACACACUCGAUGGCCGCAUCAGGAGAAUCACUCGGCAGAUCGAACAGCCCGCCACGGACACGGACAUUAAGCAGCAAAUGGCGGAGUUCCUGCAGGCCGCCGAAUCGGAGCUGGCCGUGCUGCAGUCGGGUAUGAAGCAGGUGGAGGCCAUGCGGCUGAAGCUGGCCGAGUUCUUCUGCGAGGAUGUGGCCACCUUUCGACUGGAGGAGUGCUUCAAGAUCUUCCAGAAUUUCUGUGAUAAGUUCCGGCAGGCGGUCAAGGAGAACGAGAGGCGCCAGCAGCAGGAGCAGCAGGCGACGCUGCGCAGGAAGCAGCGCGAGGAGCAAUUGGCCCGGAGAGCCAGGCAAAUGGGUCAGGCUGGGACGCCCGUAUCCGACUCGGAUCACUCGUUUCUGGGCGAUGCCCUGUUCGAUCCGCGCGCCAGCCCAGCGCUGAGCAGACGGCACCUGGGCUCCGGGGAGAUCAGCAACAGUUUCAUUCGCCUGGAGCCGGACGGCGCCUCGCCAGACAUCACACCCAAUGGCAGCCUGAGGCGGCGCCGCAGUCGCGUGCUGGCCGAGGAGGAUGACCUCAUGGAGUUCUUGCGCAGCUCCACGGGACCCCACGACGGCCACAUCAGUCGCGAGCGAAAGGCAGCCGCCUACGGCAGUCUGGAUCGCUCCUGGGCCCGUCGUGCCCGCUCCGGCAGCUCCAGUCGCAAGCGUCCCGAUCUGCUCAACAUUGACUUUGGCCUGGACCGCGAGCGGGCCAGCUCGCCGGCUCCCCUGCUCCAACAGCAGCAGCAGCAACAGCAGGCCACGCAGGAGCGACUGCUGUCUCCGUUGGCCAGUGGUGCUGUCACGCCCACCACGUCAGCCAAUACGCCCACAGGCAGUGGGCCAACAAUUGCGCAGCCGCAGGCCAUGCACGAGGAUGCGAAACCGAGAAUAUCCCGUGAAUGGCGCCAGAAGAUCGAAACGUGGCUGCAGUCCAACGAAAACGACGAGAAGCAGAACGAGGAGUACAAGCGCAAGCGUCGUCUGGUCAACGCCAAUCGGCGGUCGCUCGAAAACGAUACAGAAAACGAACGAAAACUGGACCCAUUGCCGGAGGAGAAGAUCAUGCCGACAACGACGCCAACGAACACUAAUCCAACUAACAGACAGGAGCAGGACCAGGGGUCCAAAUACCAGCGCGUCUACUCCGACUGGAAGCCAUCGAGGACACUGGAGCAGACGGAUGUGGUGGGCCAUCUGCAGGCCAUUGCCGAUGCCAGUAGCACGGCGGAGGCUGCACACAACUCCAACACCGCCGAGGGACUGCGUCAAUACCGACGGCAGCGAUCGCAGGAUCAGAGCCCCGGAGUGCUGCACUCGAUUGCCGAGGAGGAUCGCCGCAAGUCGCUCAUCCAGAAGCUGGGCGAGAGCAGACGACCCGCGGGCAUGGACCUGCAGCCGGCGACUGAGGCGGCCAAGAAGGCUGAGGCUGAGCAGCUGGCCCCCAAAUCACCAAAGCCCAAGCAGGACGACACCUUUGCCAGUCUGCUCAAUCACCACAAGAGCCACAACGAGACCCAGUGCGGCGCGGGCUCCUCCAAGGAGGUGGAUGCCGACAACAUCGAGACGCCGCCGGUGAGCCGUCGUGUGCUAGCCACGCCCACGACCACAGUGGUGACGGUGAGCAUGACGGACAAGCCCAAAGCUGUGCCCGAGGAGAAGAUCAGCAUUGUCGUGGGACCCGCAGAGCACGAUGCGCCCGGGCACUUUGACCGCCAUGCACUGGGGCGACGCACGCGUCGCUAUAAGCGGCCGACGGACUACAGCAGUGGCAACGAGGAGCCCAAGCCGGAGCUGAAGCCAUCCUCGGGUAAGCAGGAGGCACAGCAGCCGGAAAAGACCAAGCAGAAGGAGCGAACGAUUACCAAGCUGGAGAAAGUGGGUCGCCACAUCAGCUCCAUCAACCAGGAAGAUGUGCGCGAGGCCAUACGCAACCUAAAGUCGCCGACGGGAACGCCCGAGCGUCCCUGGAGUCCACCCCGCGAGAUAACGCCCACAAAGCUGAAGAUCUCCGCCAGCGGACACCACGAGCUCAACGACGAGGGCUUCGAGGAGACGCAGAGCCUCGUCUCCGACACGCCCUCCCACGGCAAGGGCGAGAGCACCAACUCCUCGUGCAACGAGGCCAACGAUGCCCCCAGCCGGACACGCCCGCUCCAGAAGCAGAAGCCCACCACGACCAGCAUCACUCAGAUGGGCAGCCGGCUGGCGGAUCGACUGCAGGUGUCACGCCUCCGGGGCACCUCCACAUCCGCCUCCAGUGCGUCACAAGCCGCAACCAAGUCACAAAACCAAAUGCCAGCCACAGCCACGAGUGUGGGCCACAUCAAGCGCAGCCUCUCCGCCAGUCGACCCAUGCGCAUGCCCAAUGGCAAUCCACUGCCCAGUGCCGCGCCCAUUCGCGCAGCAUCCACGGUCCGACGAUCGCCGCAGGAGCAGCAGGUCCUCGCCGGCGUGGAGCGCAGCAGCUCCCGCAACAGUCUGCGCUCCUCGCGGUCCUCCAUCAACAGCGGAGCCUCCACCCAAACCGUGGUAAGACGCAUGCCAGCCGUUCAGCGAGCAGGCGCCACAGUCUCCGUGGACUCGUCCCCCAGCAAGCGGCCGCUGGCCGCUCAAAACACCCGGCCCACGCCAGGGCGCGGAGUGCCAGCCAGCCGCAGCAGCAGCAGUGGCUCCAGUGUGGGACCCAGUGUGAUUUUGGUGCGCAGCAAGGUCAGCGCCACACCCAGAUCCACCACGGUCUCCAUAAACCCAUCUCUGGGUGGCAGCACCAGUUUCAAGGAGAACCAAGCGGCGGCUUCCCAUACCCAUACCCAUCCCCAGUCGCAGUCGCAUUCCAGGAUUAGUGCUGCCCGCAGUGCAAUGCUCGUGAAGAACGUGUUGAACCAGCAGGCGGCCAAGACCAAUCCCCAGCAGCAGCGCAGCUCCAGCAGCAGUCGCUCUGUGAGCAGCUUCAUGCGUCCCACGGCCAGCAGUGCCACCAAGAGGCAGAAGUGAGGCACAGGUCCAUCGUCCCAAGUUAACGUCCCAAACGCCAUGACAAAGAUAAGUUACAAACGCAAAUGCAUCUACUCUAAGCCGUCCAAGCGCACGACAACAAGCAACAGUCUCGAAUUUCCAGGCAGGAUCCAACCUGUAGCCCACACACCACACAC